AACAAAUAAAUUUAUUCAGCUGGUACUUAGAUGAUUAUGAGGCCAAAAUUAUUAAAUGGUCAGAGCCGGGUAAAAGUAAAUUCAAGAUGGCAGCUUCCAUGCGAGAACGAUUUCGUGUCGCUGUUGACAGACUUUUGAAUAGUUGGACAGUGCUUAAAUUGGCAGUUAGCCAUGGUUUUGGUGGCAUUGACAGUGAAUCAAAAGCAGAAUGGAUGGUAUUUGCUGUAGAUCAAUGGUUUGCUGAAAAUGCAAACAUUGACCCAUAUGAAGUUGAAGAUUUUCUGGAAGAUGUGAUGAAUACAGAAUUUAAUACUUUAGUUGAUGAUGGAAGCUUACCACAGAUUGCGGAAAUGAUUUGUGGAUUUUACAAAUUAUGUGAGGAUGGGAAAGAGGCUCAGUUACAAGAGAGACUUGACAAAUUGCCGAAACCUGCUAUUCAGAAUUGUCAACAAGUCGCUGGGCAAAAUGGUAUUGCUGAUAGUAGUGACAAUGAUGAAGAGGAGUAUAGCUCUGGGGGCCCAGACAAACUACAUACACCCACACAGUCUGCAGAUCACAAUGAACAUCAAGAUACCACUGAGAUGGAAGUAGAGGAGGGAUGGACUACAGUUAGAAAGAAAGGAAAACGAUGACAUAUUUAAUGUUUUCUUAGAUUUUAAUUAAAUUAUAUAUAUUAAAAAGAGUGUUUGGUUAUAAAUAACUGCAAGGGUACAUAAA